GCGCCGCAGUCCGGCCUCCCGCCCCGGCCCGGGAAGGAAGGCCGGCGGCCGCGUCACGUGUCCUCGGCGAUCGCGAAACAGUUCCGGUGGUAAGGAGUCCUUUCCAAAUAUAAGAGGAAUAAAGAAGUUACUUCCCCCGCUGCCAUCAUCUCCCAACAGACUGAGCAAGAAUAUUUUGAGCACUACAGCAAAGACAGUCCAUCAAACCCUAGAUGAUGAUCAGCCGUGUGACUUUUUCAAGAAAGGGAAUAGGGUGAAUAAAUCUUAUCAGAAAAGCAGCAAUAUGAAUGCAGGCCCCUCUUGGAAUAAAGUACAACGUCCAAAGAAUUCAAGAAAAAGGCAGAAUAAAUCCCAAGUCCCCUACGUCUCGUCCCAGCUGAAAAGCAGUCUCGGAGGAUGUGUCCCCCAACCAACUGAGGAUAAACUGAAGGAAAGCAUUUCCCCGGAAGGAAACCCCAAAAGGAGUCCCCUUGGCUACAGGUGUCGGGGGUCCUCAGGGAACAAGUUGUUUCUGGACUUUCAGACGAUGAAAAUUGUCAAAGAAGAUGCUGAGGAGGACAGUGCCAGUGAUCUCUCUGAUUCAGAAAGAAUCCCCGUCCCCCCUUCUCCCCUCACGCCUCCAGAUCUUCACCUUCGAGCCGAAGAGAUUGAUGCGGUUCACUUCGAUCUGCACCCAGGGCAGGGUCCCACCCAGCCCGAAUACUGUUACCCCGACUUCCUCCCGGCCCCGUGUAACUCCUGGGACCUGCGGGACAUGGCUGUGCUCCUGCACUCUGAGCGCAGGACAGAGGCCGUGCCCAGAACCGCGGGGCUGCUGGGGAAGUACGUCGACAGGCUUGUCCAGCUCGAGUGGCUACAGAUCCAGACUGUCCAGUGCGAGAAAGGAAAGGGGGCCAAGGCGAGGCCUCCCACUGCGCCUGGGACCUCGGGGGCUCUGAAAAGCCCUGGGAGAAGCAAGCUGAUUGCCAGCGCUCUGUUCAGGCCUCAGCAGGAAGGGCCUCCAAAGUCAGGCCCUUCACGAAAGAAAGACGUGCACCGCGAAGACGUCCAUCCGUCCUAUUACACAUGUGAGGCUUCCACCAAACCCCUCGAUGUGCUGAGUAGCAGCCGACUGUGUUCUCAGAAGCAAACCCUGGACGUGCAGACAGAGGAGAAGAGAAAGAAAUCCAACAAGAGCUCCAAGCUGCAGCACUGGCAUCUGUCCUGCGGGGACGGCGGCGACCCUAAGAUCGAGAGCAGCCUGAACCUUCGCUUUCCCAGGCAGCCAGCGGUGAUCGGGGACUCCACGGACACCUACAAGGCCUCCAGAGCGCCAGCACAUGCAAGUCUUAAGAAAAAGGGAAAUGCAAAUAAUUGUGCUCGAGCCACUAUAUCCAGCGAGAAAAAGCUCAAAACAAAUGGAGUAAAACCAAACACACACAAAUUCAAAUCAUAACUGAGAUGAUGAAUUGCAAGGACCUGCAGGUGCCUCAGUAUUAGAGCGCUUCCAAAGGUUACAAUACUGUGAAUUUUAAGAGACUUUGGGAUUACUGACACUGAAGAGGUUGACCAGUUCUUUAGUCCACGCCACGCCCACCCAAGCCACAACAGGGUCGUUUCCAAAGAAGGGUGUCUUUCAGUAACCAUAUUUUGCGUUGACAGUCUUAGGCAAAUGAGAGCCCUUCAGAUAAAAAUUAACCAAGGUCUGUGCCACAUAAAGAAAUAAAACGACAGCUCUCCAAGGGAAGAGUGGACUAAACUUCUGAAACCUCAGCCAGGCCACGUACAGCGUAUGUAAACUAGUGCAUACUGCUUCAAACGGUGUAGAAUCCUGAAUGUCUGAAGUAGGGCUCUCUGCAUCCUUAUCCUAAACUAUUCAAGCAGAAGGUCCGGGCAUCUCACUCCUGGGGAAGCUUCGGCUCUUCCUCGAGUUACGGAGCAGCUAUUAUGAGCAAAGUCAUUUAUCACUAAGCUGCCUGCUCCUUCCAGACAGUGGAAUCUAGUGCUUUCAAACACUUUCCCUGACGUGGGUUUAAAAAAAAUCAAGGCCUUUUCAAUUCGGAGGUGGUGGCGAAGUCCAUUUCUAUAUUCUCUAAGCUGAAGUUAAAAUAGCGUGCAGGCUUCGUCCCAGUGGACGUCGGCGGGUCUGAGCACGGUUGUUAGCACGUGAUGGGAGGAAGAAUGAAACAGUUGGCACCAGAAUCCCCGGCAUGUGUGGCUUCUCUGAAGAGGUGCCGGGGAAAAAGCAUCAGAAUGAUGAUCUGUCUUCAUUUGCGAGAGCAGGACUUUAUAAUCUUGCUGGAGGGCGGACCACGGAUCAAGUUACUGAAUGUCUUAACCUCCUCACCUGGCCCUGCGGCUUCCUGACUCCCCUGAAUGCUUCUUAUUUAACCGCUGUUAAGUCACAUCUACUUGUCCCUAUGG